ACUUUCAGAGUUCCAUCUGGUCCCAUUUAACCUGGCAGCGAAACAAAACUCAACAAAUUAAUAAAUUGCUAAGGCGAAUCGUCAACAAUUUCGGGUAUCAAAUCAAAACGGCUUAUAGACAACGAAUUUUACCCAAUCCAAAGGCUGCAACACUUGCAUUUAGCACAGGCGACCAAAAUUAAUCGGGUUAAUUAGAAAAAGACAUGGCACGCGGACACCAAAAGAUCCAGUCGCAGGCAAAGGCCUCCGAAAAGCAGGCCAAGCUCAAGAAACAGCAGGGACACAGUGCCAACGACCAGAAAAAGGCGGCCCAAAAGGCACUCGUACAUGUGUGUGCCGUUUGCAAGUCGCAAAUGCCCGAUCCCAAGACUUAUAAACAGCAUUUCGAGAAUAAACACCCCAAGAACGACAUGCCUGAGGAACUGAAGGACGUCUGAUGACAAACUCUGUCGUGUGCAUAUAUACAUAUAUCAAGCUGAAAGAGAUUGACGAAUUGCCUACCAGUACGAAACCUAUGCAAAAAAACCUAAAUUCAGCCAGAAAAGGAUUUAGGAUUUAGGUUAAAAUACAAUUGCAGUGGGCCCAGCUGAAUUUUUUAUAUACACUGCUGACUUUCGGUUUUUACAUUGAAAAUAUCACAUGACUUAAUGGCUAACACAAUACAGAGCAACCUACCACAUAGCAAAA